AUGAGUUACACCGACGGCUUGAUUGACCAGCUCCUCCCCGUCUCCUCCGAUUGCCCUCAGCAUUCACCCUCUCCGGACAACCUCCAGCCUCUGCCGGGCAAGCUUCGGCGACUGUCCAAUCGAUCAGCACCGCCAGCUCCAGGGCACGACAUUCUCACCAUGGGUGGCGGCGGCGAAGUUAGGAGCAACGUCUCCUACCCUGUCUUUGCGCAACGACCUGUCGGCGUCCCUAAAACUAGCAUUCUCAAGGGCCGUAUCGAGCCAUUCUACAAAUCAGGACAGUAUGACAAGGUGAACUUGCUAGCGAGUCUCUACAAUGCCAGAUACUCGGGCGCGCCACACGUCCAGCUCUCUGUUUGGAGCGCUCCUGGACAAGAACGACCAACCUUUGAGCAUGCGGUUUCUCAGCAAUUCAAGGAGACACACAUUGGCGCCUCCUUUGGACCUUCAUGGUCCACUCAUUGGUUUAGGGUGACCUUGACUGUCCCUGCGGCAAUCGCUGACGAAGAGCUGCUCGAGCUCCAGUGGGACGCAAACAAUGAAGGCCUUGUGUGGACCGAGGAUGGUAUGCCGCUCCAAGGCUUAACUGGCGGAGGCGAGAGGAUCGAAUGGGUGAUUCCUCGCUCGUUCCGCGACGGCAAACCGCAUACCAUUUACAUCGAGAUGGCUUGUAACGGAAUGUUUGGAAACGCGCCAAACGGUAAAUCCAGCAUUAUGCCGCCGGACCCCAACCGAUACUUUGGUCUUUCAAAGGCCGACAUCGUUGCCGUCAACGUUCCUGCGCGCGGUCUGUACUUUGACAUGUGGGAGCUUGGUGACGCUGCUCGAGAGCUGCCCGAGAACUCGGCGGAACAAGGGCGAGCGCUAUCUGUCGCCAUGAAGAUUAUCGACACCUUCGAAGUGAAUAACCAAGAGUCCAUUCUCGAGUGUCGAAAACUCGCGCAGCAAAUCAUUGGGCCAGAUGCUGACUCUCAUCGAGUGUACGAAGUUGGCCCAGAACCCACCGUUUUUGGCAUUGGUCACUGCCACAUCGAUUCGUGCUGGCUAUGGCCCUUUGCAGAGACAAGGCGCAAAGUCGCUCGGUCGUGGUCAAGCCAGUGUGAUUUGAUGGACCGGUAUCCGGAGGCUCAUUUUGCUUGCUCGCAGGCCCAGCAAUUCAAAUGGCUGAAACAACUCUAUCCCAAGGCCUUUGAUCGUGUGAGACGCAAGGUGAGCGAGGGUCAAUUCCAUCCCAUUGGCGGCAGCUGGGUCGAACACGAUACCAAUAUGCCCGGUGGCGAGUCUCUGGUGCGUCAAUUCUUCUACGGCCAGCGGUUUUUCGAGGCAGAAUUUGGGUCACGCUGCCGUACUUUUUGGCUUCCGGACACGUUUGGCUACUCCAGUCAGCUGCCUCAACUCUGUCGUUUGGCAGGCAUGGACCGCUUCAUGACUCAGAAGCUAAGCUGGAACAAUAUCAACAACUUCCCCCACACUACCUUUAUGUGGGUGAGCCCCGACGGAAGCCAAGUCAUUUGUCACAUGCCUCCGUCCGAGACAUACACUGCCGAAGCCGACUUUGGUGAUUUGAGACGCAGCGUCACCCAACACAAGACUCUCCGUGUCGACAAUUCCUCGCUGUUGGUGUUCGGCAAGGGCGAUGGUGGCGGUGGCCCGACUUGGCAGCACUUGGAGAAACUUCGACGAAUUGCGGGAAUCAGCAACACCAUUGGAGGCAUUCCAAAGCUGAAGCUCGGUCUCAGUGUCGAUGACUUUUUUGAUCGCCUUGCUCCAAAGGCCAACGACCUUCCCACAUGGUAUGGUGAGCUAUACUUUGAGCUCCAUCGAGGCACCUAUACCACACAGGCCAACAACAAGUACUACAACCGCAAGGCUGAAGUCCUGAUGCGAGAUCUUGAGCAGCUCGCCACACUGGCCUCGAUCAAGAACAAGUCAUACAAGUACCCUACUGAGAAGAUUGAUAACAUGUGGGAGGGCGUCCUCCUAUGUCAAUUCCACGACUGUCUUCCCGGUAGCUCUAUCGAAAUGUGCUAUGACGACUCUGACAAGAUUUACAAAGAAACUUUUGAGACUGGUCACAAGCUGCUUGCGGAAAUUUACAAGGCCCUGGGUGCUAGUGAUUCAAAAGCCGAUGGUUACGAGUCGGUAGUCCUCAACACGCUACCUUGGCAUCGCAAGGAGCUUGUUGAGGUGUCCGAUACACAGGUUAGCGUUGCUUGUGGACAAGGCCCGCUCCUUGCCCUCCGCAACUUCAAGAUCCAGGAGGACAAGCCGGCUGUUUCAGUACAGCAGGUGGGCAGCCAGUUCAUCUUGGAAAACGACGACCUCCGCGUUGUUGUUGAGGACGGCUGCAUCACUUCACUGUACGACCGUGUCAAUGACCGCGAAACCAUCGAAAAGGGUGGCAAGGCGAACAAGUUUGUCAUUUUCGAUGACAUUCCUCUAUUCUGGGAAGCCUGGGAUGUCGAGGUUUAUCAUCUCGAGACCCGCCGAGAGCUCAGCUACGGCAGCACAAGCCUGCACGAGGUGAAACCCCACCGCGUCACUCUUGCUACUGAGAUUCAGAUUAGCAAGCACAGCUCCCUAAAGUCUUACAUUACUCUGUCGGCGGCCCUCAAGGGUCAGCAGUCUUGGGUUGAAUGCAAGGCUGAGGUGGACUGGCACGAAAACUCCAAGUUCCUCAAAGUAGAGUUCCCCGUAGACAUUGUCAACACGGAGGCCUCGUAUGAGACCGCAUACAGCAUCACCAAGAGGCCAACGCACUAUAACACGAGCUGGGACAUGGCCAAGUUUGAGGUUUGCUGCCACAGGUUCGCCGAUUUGUCGGAGAACAACUAUGGAGUCUCCAUCCUCAACGACAGCAAGUACGGUUUUGCUACGGCCGGCAAGCUCAUGCGCCUAUCCCUGCUUCGAUCCCCCAAGGCCCCUGAUGAGCACGCGGAUAUGGGCCGCCACUCGAUCCGAUGGGCCAUUCUUCCUCACAAGGGAGCUCUCUCGGCGACAACGGUCCGAGCGGGCUAUGCCUUUAACAACCCUCUCAAGGUUUUGUCCGCACCAAAGGCUGCGGUUGAGAGCUUGACCCGCGUCCCCAUCCAGCUCAUCAACUCGGAUGAGUCUGCCUCCAUCAUUCUGGACACCAUCAAGCGAGGCCACGACGACGAGGACGUCAGCCGCCGCGAGGGCCAUCGCAUCAACAGCGGACAGAGCAUUAUUGUCCGCUUGUACGAAUCCUUGGGCGGGCGCAGCCGAGGUACCAUUCAAACCGAGUUCAACGUGAAGCGCGUCACCAAGGUCAACAUUCUGGAGGAUGAAAUCGAAGAGGUUUCCUUGGCAGAUGGCAAGUUUAACAUUGUUCUUCGGCCGUUUGAGGUGGCUACAUACAAGCUACAGCUGUAG